CAGGACGCAUCAUUGGCUCAAAGUCCCGAGUGCCUCCCAAAGUUUUUCCAGCUCCAACUUUGUCAACUUUGAGACAACCAGGGACAAGUAACAGCCGAGUUUCUCUCCGUGUGAGCGCCGCGUGUGUUUUCUGGAUUGGGAUCAGAUAUCGUUUUGUCAAAAGAAGAAAAGCAUGUCUUCGCCAGAGGACUGGAGAGGCGAGUUUCCCACAGUCGAGGCUGAACAACCACCGCGGCUGAAGAGGCGCGGGGCGCAGGUGUCGUGUCUGCCCUUCAGCGUGGAGGCGCUCAUGUCGGACAGGAAGCCGUCGGACAGAGAUAAGAGAAAUGACGCUUUUAAUGAAGAUCAGGAGAUCGGGCCUGAGUUCCACCAACACUUAGUAUCUGUCAAAAGCGAACCCUCGGAGAAAGGGGACGGGGCGUCUUGGAUAUCCAGCUCCAUUAACAUGUCCACACCACCCCGGCAGCUCAGUCCACCAGUGUGCUCCUUGAGGAAGCACAAAACCAACCGCAAGCCUCGCACUCCCUUCACCACCACGCAGCUCCUGGCCCUGGAGAGGAAGUUUCGUCAGAAGCAGUACCUGUCCAUCGCCGAGCGGGCCGAGUUCUCCUCCUCACUAUCGCUGUCUGAGACCCAGGUCAAGAUCUGGUUCCAGAACCGACGUGCGAAGGCCAAGAGGCUUCAGGAGGCCGAGGUGGAGAAACUCAAAAUAGCAGCUGGUGUUGGACCCAAGACUUUGCUGCACCCAGGCUUCUCGUCUUUAACCUUCCCCCUCAGUGUUAACAUGCAGGCCCGUUCAGCAGCGCUCUACGGACUGGGCUGCUCGUACAGCUGCAGCCCCGUCCUCCCUGCUGCACAUCUGGCCUUGUACGCCUCACAGGUCGGAUACAGAAUUUUCCACCUCUCCUGAAGGCGAGCUGCAUUAUUCAAACAAAAUGUUGUGAAUAUUUAUGGAGGUAAAUGAGCAUGCAUCACGCCAUACACCUUAUGAGACUUGUCUGCAAAGGAUCUAAACUGGAGCUGAGGCUUCUUGAUCAAGGACAAUAUAUAAAUGUCCUUUGUUAAGACAGACUAUGGAUGGACGAGGAAACAGCACCCAGCAAUCUUUCUUUGACGUUUGUCAAUGCUGAUUCAGCACGGGUCACUGGUAAUGAAGGGAAUAUUGAUCAGGCCACAUGUACCAUAUUAUUGUCCUAAACACCAGUUUGCCUAUAUUCUAGAGUUUUGAUUGUCUACUUUUUGUAUGUCCUGGAUGAUUAUUUCUCACUUUGAAUGAAGAUAAACUCCUCUGAGAAAAUAUUGUAGUUGUAGAAUUGACAGUUUGGCCAAGUGAAGUGCAUGCUUGUACAAAAGCCAAAGUAUUGGCCACAUAUUAGUUUAUGAUAACCCUCAGAUUCAUAUAUUUCAUGUUAAAUAUCAACUUUUUAAAAAAGUUAAUAUUUUUUGUUUGAUAUUAAGCUUUUAGUUCACCCUCUAUUUUGUUCUCCUUGCUUGUUUGUGGCAAACAUAAAGUACUUAGUAGUUGAUCGCUGUGAAAACCAGCUUUUCUCAAAUGCAUUUGUCCUGUAAUAUACAACCUUUAAAUGGGUGUUGCAGCUGUCUUAGUCUGGUGUCCCGUCUCCUUCGGACAUCCAGCUGCUUCGUCUUGUGUCCUGCUCAUCCACCAAGUGGCUGUCUAUGGCGGACCACACCCCGUUCUCUGUGCUGUGUAUUUUUGCACAAAUGCUCAGGGUGGUUAGAAAUUAUAACACUAAUGUUUCCAGGAAACCUAUAAACUUCUGUGGAGAACAGGCAUAUUUGGGAUGUCUCUGCAGUCCUCAAGUAAUGGGUGAGGUGGUUUUCCUUCCUCGCUGAGGUGUGAACUCAGCCAGAUUGGGUGACAGUGAACCCACUUUGUAAAUUCAGAAGAGAUCUCAUGAUCUUGCUGUCUGAAACAGAUGCUUUUCACAACGGACAUUUUGACUUGGAUCAAUUUGACUAUUAUCACUAAUAACACAAACUCUGUCCCUCUUCUUUCAAGUGUUCCUGUUUCUGUUUCCUACUUUCAGGUUAGAAUGUAUUCUAUGAAAAAGUCCAAUGCAGCAUGAUGGAUUUCUAACUCUGGAAAUAAAUGUUUAGUUCCAUCUUGAAAAAUCACAUUUUCUGUGCCUCUGGCUCCUUCCAUGUUUUGCAUCCUCUAUAGGGCAAUAAAUCCUUAUUGCAAUAAAUCCUUAUUGCCCUAUAGAGGAUGCAAAACUUGCCUCUGUGGGAGUUUUUACAUGAUCUAAGCUGAUUACUUGACCACACCACUCAGCAGUAGAUCAUUUGGGCUUAACGAGUGCAGCAAUCUUACUUAACAAGGAGUUCCUCUGUGAUUCAUUGAAUUUAAAAAAGACAAAUUUGUCUUAAUUAAACAGUGAAGCAUCAUUUGAUUUGAGGAAAAUGAUUAAAUGACACAUCAGAGUUUCAAGUUUCAUUUGCAUGUUUCGGUCGGUAUCUUUUUAAAACUUUUGUUGAAUUUCUUCAUGUUGAGCCGUACAUGACGGAUCAAAACAUAUUAGUUGGACUGAAGUAUUACCUACUAAUCUGCUUUAGAGCUUUACACAUGAGAUUGCAGGGUAUAUUACUGUAUGCACCUCACAUAUACCGAGGAGAGUUGGGCUCCACUGUAGACCACAUGGGUGGAUGUUAAACAGGGUGGUCUGAGUUAAGAGGUGCGGUACUCUUUAAUGAAAAUUAAUCCAGCCAAGUUUCCUCUUAAGAUGUCAAAUGAUGUUUUCUGCAAAUAGCACAUCUUACAUUGUCUUGAUUGCAUAUUGCCUUUUGAUAUCACAGAGGUAGAGAUUUAUUCAUGUGCUGCGAGCUGUAUUUUUAAAAUUGUAUACUUUCAGUGAACUUUGUAACGUAGCAUUAUACCAGGCUGUCCCUCUGCAGGCAGUGGUUUAAUUGGCCUUGUCUCUGAAUUCUGACUCUACAACACUAUGAAAUUACACGUGUAGACUUGGUGAUAACAGAACAAGGCAUUAUAUGGUCUCUCUCUCUUCCUCUCCCCAUCUCCCUCUGUAAACUUAGAAAGCUUGUCGCCAUUAGCACAUAUUUCACAGUCCAUUUGCUUCCCUCCAUUUUGAAAUGAAACCCAGCAUUACGCUGAUAGUGAGGCCUCUAAAAGCUUUGAUUGUGCCAUGGCCUCCAGUUGCAGAUGUUUGCAUUGUGAAACUUAAGUGGAAGAAGUGAUCACAGCCAAAAGUGGAACGGCUGACCUGAACAAAAAGAGCUUGGGUCUUAAAAUGACUUCAUGCAUAAACAUAAAACAUUAAAUGAAUAAAAAUCACACAAAAUAGUAAUAAUUUGAGAAAGAAUAACAUUAUUUCUUAAUAUUUAAAGAACUUAAAGACGGAACUAAUCGGAGGUUAAAGGAGGUUUUUAAUCAUGCAAAUCUUAUGUCCUCAGCCAUGAGAGUUAAUUGUCCAAACAGCUCACAGAGGCUCAAAGGACAGGUUCUCUCUGUUUUAUUAAUACUCACAAGUCCAUAUGUCUAUAUGGUGGCUGUGGCUGAGGGGGUAGAGCGUUCGUCUGCCAACCAGAAGGUUGGCAGUUUGAUCCCCAGUCUUCCCCAUCUGCAUGCCGAAGUGUCCUUGUGCAAGAAGCUGAACCCUGAAUUGCCCCUCGUAGAACAAAAAAGUGCUGCGAAUAGAUGCACUGUCUGAAUGUGUGAGCACUUUGAGUGAUCAUCAAGACUAGAAAAAGCGCUAUAUAAAUACAAACAAUUUACACUGAAGGAAUUUUUCAUAGCAGUAAUCACCCUCUUCAGACAAAGUCUAUGCCAAAAUGCUCUCAAAGAUAAUUUUUCAGUAUUCUGACUGAGACAAAUCAAGAGAUUUCCUUUACUAAAUUUAGUAAAAGUUGCUUUCAGACAUGAACUUAACUCCGGAUAUCUUCCUGAAAUUAUCCGGAGGGGCAGUAUGUAAGAACGCAAAUGACCAUGUCAGUUGCUCCGCACAGUCUCCAGAGUUUCUCCUGCCAGCCGCCUGGUAACAACUCUAGAUAAUAUCUUUAUUGUUACUAGUCUGUCUCUCCUACUUUCUGAAAUAACUGAAUAGCCAUACAAAUGUACAUUACAGUUCAUAAAUGAUGUUCCCAAUGUUAAGGAUAUGCAGUUCUUUCAUUAAUCCACAAGGUGUAGCAGCUUCCCAACUGUUGCUGUUCCCUAAUUUCAACAACAUAACUCCUCACACUACUCUCAUAUUAAUUCACUUAUUCUUGGCAUUAAAAAUAUUUUUUGCACAUUUUGUUUAGGUAAUGACGUAUCAUCUCAUAUAUAAGUUUACAUGUUAUCUAAUAAGGAAUCCACAAGCUCUUAUAUAAUGUAUGUUUAAUUCAUCAUGAGUGCCCUGGUGGUGAAUAAAAGAUUAAAUUGUUUCGUGUUGUGCCGGUGGUAAAUGGCAUGAGUUUGGGGGACGGGGGAUUUCUAGAAUUCAGUGUUGCAGGGACAGAAGCAUUUGGGUCCUUACACAUGCAUCACUGCAAAUCAG